AUGUGGAGAAGUUUAAGAGAAAGAGGUGUCCCAGAGAUUUAUGUUAGGAUAAUCAAGGAAUCGUACAGAAACGCUACAGCCAAGUUAAAAAAAGCACCAUGGGGUCAACAAGACACAAUACAGUUAGAUAUGGUGAACACAAAGAGAGUGAAACGUUUUAAAUAUCUGGGAGCAAUGACAGAACCAUCAGGAGGAAUGGGUAAAGAAAUAAACCACCGUAUUCAACAUGGAUGGAACUGGAGGAAAGAAACGGAAGUAGAGGAAAAGAAACUAGAUGUUACAGAAAUGAAGAUGCUAAGAUGGAUGUCUGGAGUGACACGGUUCCGCAGAAUGAGGAACGAGUUUAUGAGAGGAUUGGUGAAGGUAGUCGAAAUAUUGAAAAAUAGGCAGGAGACGAAAAUGAGAUGGUUUGGAGAUCUGAUGAAAAGGAAUGAUGAAGAACACAUAGGAAGAGAAGCGAUGGAUAUGGAAAUAACGGAGAAGGGGAAGACCAAGAAUCAGAUGGAAAGGUUGUGCAAAUGCAGACAUGAGAGAGAGAGAUCUCGAUCAAUGAGAUGCUCAGAACAUAACUAUCUGGUGACAAGCUGA